UCUCCUCCGAUUAAAAAAAAAAAAAAAUGAAGGCGGAGCUAAAUUUACCGGCGGGAUUCCGAUUUCACCCGACGGACGAAGAGCUAGUCAAGUUCUAUCUCUGCCGGAGAUGCGCGUCGGAGCCGAUCAGCGUUCCGGUGAUCGCGGAGAUCGAUCUGUACAAGUUCAAUCCAUGGGAGCUUCCAGACAUGGCUUUGUACGGAGAGAAAGAAUGGUACUUCUUCUCACACCGAGACCGAAAAUACCCAAACGGUUCACGUCCGAACCGGGCAGCGGGAACCGGUUAUUGGAAAGCGACGGGAGCUGAUAAACCAAUCGGUAAACCGAAGAAGUUAGGGAUCAAGAAAGCGCUCGUCUUCUACGCGGGGAAAGCUCCUAAAGGUGUGAAGACGAAUUGGAUCAUGCACGAGUAUCGUCUCGCUAAUGUCGACCGCUCUGCUUCUUCCAAAAAGAAGAACAACUUAAGACUUGAUGAUUGGGUGUUAUGUCGGAUUUACAAUAAGAAAGGAACGAUGGAGAAGUAUUAUCCGGCGGAUGAGAAAGAGACGGCGAUGAUGAUGACUACUACUACGACCACGUCGGAUUCGAAAUGCUCAAGUCACGUGAUUUCACCGGACGUCACGUGUUCAUCCGAGGUUCAAAGCGAGUCCAAGUGGGUUGAUGAUCUUGUUGAGGGCGUAGCGUUUGACGCGUCCGUGUUCGGCUCCUUGCUGCAAAAUGACGCUUUUGUCCCUCAGUUUCCGUAUCACUCCGACUUCGCCGCUAUGUUCGAGGACCCGCCUGAGCAGAAACCGUUCUUGAACUGGAGUUUUGCUCCACAGGGGUAAAACUGUAAAGAGCAGAGUCUGGAGCUUUCACAGAGUAUUUAGAACUCGGUGUCGGAUCCUGACCCGGAAACCAAGAUGGGUCAUACAAGUAAUUCAUCAUAAUCAUCAGUAUGGGUUUAUUUUUCUUUUGAUGAAACAAAAUGUACAUUUUUAUCUCCAAGAGAAGGUUUACAAAGACUUAUAAGCAGAGAGAGAGAAAGAGAGGGCAGAGAGAUGAUGAAGAAGAUGGAUUCAAGAGUUAUUGUGAGAACUGGAACGAGAAGCCCAAAUACCAAACACAAGAAACCAGAAGAUGAAUAAGAUUGCCCAGUAGCGUGCAGGACCAUACCUGAUCCUUGUGAGCACAACCUGUUUUCAAGUUUUUUUUUUUUUAGCAUUUACUAAAAAAAGCCAAUGAAAAAAUAUGUAAAAAUUGAGAUGAUUUUUUUUUUACUUACAAAUCUGAAGAAGAUGACUAUUAUUAAAGCA